AUGGCGUUUGCAGUUCUUGGAAAGAAGAUGGAGAAGCCAUUGAACGUGACCCUGAUUAAAGAUCUUCUAAGAUUCAAAUCAGUAUGCAGAGACUGGAAUUCAAUAAUCUCCAGCCAGCACUUUGUUAAGUUGCAACUCAAGAAAUCGAUUUCGAGCCCUUCCUGCCACAUGAUCUUCAUGCAAUCUCACCUUAUCAGAACUUUGAAGAACAUCGGUUGUUGCAAAGAUCUCCACAGCCGGGACAACAUUAUCGGCAUCCCAGAGGUGCCGAUGCCUGUCGAGGCUCGAGGACAUUUCCUCGGAACCUGCGAUGGUCUGUUUUGUUAUUUAGAAAUGAAAGCUAUGAGAAUCUGUGUGUGGAAUCCAUCUCUCAGGAUAUCGAAAACUCUCGAUUUGAACUUAAGUAAACUAUACACUGACAAAAUAUACACUAACAUGUUGUUCUUCUGGUUUGGGCGAGAAUCAUCAGAUGCUGAUGAGUACAAGGUUGUCUUGGUGUAUACGUUCGACCGAAGAAUGUACGAUCCAUACUUUCUGUUGGAAUUUUCAUGA